AUGGGGUCGAUCCCCGAUCCAGGCGAGUUAACCGAGUUAACUCAGCCGAGUUUUGACGAGUUCCAGCGUCAAACUUCACUGAUGACUAGCUGCACUCUCCUCUGGAAAGAACUCUCCGAUCACUUCACUUCACUAGAACAAGACCUCCAGAAGAAAUCAGAAGCUCUGAAACACAAACUCCUAACCCUAGAUAACCAAACAAAAACUUCUCUCGCUUCGCUAAAGAAGCGCGAGGUCACAAUCGACGGAAGCGUGGAGAUCGCACUCGAGCGCGUCGAAGAGCACAAGGAAAUAGCUAUCAAAUCAUUGUCAGAUCCUGAUUAUGAAAAUCCGGAUGGAGAUGUGGAUGAUGGAGAUGGGGUUUUCAUGGUUUUGAAGUCUCUCUGUUUGACAAUGGCGUCGCGUGAGUUUUGGAAUUUUGUGAUUACAAAAAAGAAGGAAAUUGAAAUUAUGAGGAAGCAAAUUCCUUUGGCUCUCGCAGAGUGUGUGGAUCCGGCAAAGUUUGUUAUAGAAGCGAUAUCCGAGGUAUUUCCUGUGGAUAAAAGAGGGGAAAGGAGUGGUGAAAAGGGAAAUGAUCUAGGAUGGGCUUGUGUGUUAAUCUUGGAGAGUCUGAUUCCGGUUGUUGUGGACCCAGUAAUCGGGAAAUCAAGGCUGUUAGUUACGCCUAGAAUUAAGGAGAGAGCGAAGAAGAUAGCGGAGACUUGGAAGAAGAGUUUGGAGGAAAGAGGUGGGAUUGAGAACGUGAAGACUCCUGAUGUGCACACUUUCUUGCAGCAUUUGGUAACUUUUGGGAUUGUUAAGAAGGAGGAUGUGGAUUUGUAUAGGAAGCUUGUUGUCGGGUCUGCUUGGAGGAAACAGAUGCCUAAGCUUGCUGUCUCUCUUGGUUUGGGUGAUAAAAUGCCUGCUAUGAUCGAAGAAUUAAUUAAUAGGGGACAGCAGCUUGAUGCAGUGCAUUUCACCUAUGAAGUAGGCCUUGUGGAUAACUUCUUUUUGGAGGAUCCUGAAAAUACUGGUCGAGCUGCGCAUCUUGCUGCACGAAAAGAGCAGUCGGCACUUCGGGCUGUCAUCAAGUGCAUUGAAGAUUACAAACUAGAGGCACAGUUCUCUCCUGAAAACCUUAAGAAACGCCUUGAACAACUAGAGAAGGUCAAGACAGAGAAGAAAAGGCCAGCUGCAGUUCCAGCUAACAAACGAACACGUGCCAGCAAUGGUGGCCCAAUGCCUCCAGCCAAGGCCGGUCGCUUGACUAAUGCAUACGUGUCAUCCUUCCCUGCACCUCCUCCAACUUUUGCCAGGUCUCCCUCACACGCACAAUACCCUACUGGGGUGCCAGCAUAUCCUUCUCCACCAGCUGUUUAUGGUAGCAGGAGUCCACCAUCUCCAUAUGCUUACUCACCUGAGGCUGCCCCCCUCCAAUUGCUGGGUCAUACCCUGUAG